AAAAACGGCAAUCGAAUCUUUUAAUAGAUAAAUACACCUCUUUAUUACAAUCUACAAUAACAUUAAGCUCCGUUAAAAAAAAUCCGAGGCCUUCUUCCUUUUGGGCAGGUUAAUCUUCAACAGAUCAUCGGUGGACACUUCGGUGGUCAUCUUCUUGGCCUUGACCAAAGGGGUCGCAGCCCUUUUAGGCGAUGGAAGCGGCGUUUUCCGGGCUACCAGCCUCAGCAUCGGCUGCGGUUGCUGCGGCGGCUGCGGCGGCUGCGGCUCCUCGCUCAGGACAUCGUCCUGCGGCGGCGGCGGCUGCGGCUUCGACUUCCCCAAGGUCCGCAGGUGCGGCGCCUCGCGCUUGGACCUCCUGCAGCGCGACGAUUGGUGCAGCGGCGGCAGCGGCUCCGGCGGCGGCGGCGGCAUGGCCGGCAUGGACGGCAACCGGGACUGCGUACCGCUGGUGGUCAGGCCCCACGACCUGCCCAAGAUCGUGCUGUCCCCGCAGGCCGCCCGCGAGCUCUCCCAGCCCGUCGCCGGACCGUGCGCGCAGAAAAAGGCCAUCGUCAAACCGGCGGUACUGCCUAGACCCGUUUGUCAUGCUCACGGAGGCGGCGCCGGAGGCGCCGGAGGUUGCGGAGGUACUGUAGUUUGCGGAGGUUGCGGAAGCUGCGGAGGUUGCGGAAGUUGCGGAGGUUGUGGUGGUUGCGGAGGUUGCGGAGGUUGCGGGGGUUUCUCCUCGGGUGGUUUAUGUCGCAACGGUCAUAUGUCGAACAGCGAGAUCUUCGAAGCAGUAGGUGGUUUCCAGGGUACCGGAGGCGGUGCCGGCGGUAUCGGACCUGACGGUACCAUCACUCCGGGUGGUACCUACGGUACCGGCGUCCAUUACCCCGCCGAUCCCGUUUCCGUGGCCAUCGCCUUCCACAGAUUGAACCAAAACGAUAUAGGCAAGAAACAAAGCGAAGACAAAUUGGCCUUCGGGUUCAGGAAAAUCCCCGCCGAGCUUCCGCCGCAGAGCAGACAGGUCAAACCGAACGUGCCCGAAGAGAAAAUCUUCAGUUUGAACGGGAAAAUCGUCGAGUUGAAACCGGUCGAACUGUCCCAAGGCCAAAGUCCCGCUUCGUUGGCGGACGAAGCCGCCGAUCAGCUGUUGCAGCUUCAAGAAGAGGAAGCCGAAGCUUUAGCUGAACAGGACGCCAGCAAUUUCCCCACGGGCGGGGCCAGGAAACCCACUUUGGGCGAACUUGGAUUCGGCGACGCUAAAGUGGCCAAUCCCCAGCUCAUCGACAUCCCCGCCUCGGCCAGUAACGCGGCAGGAUUGAUCGGCAGCCGCAUCGGAGGCGGCGACAGCGGCGAAUGGGACAUCAGCACGACCUGCGGGUGCGGCUCGAAGGGCGGCAGAGGGUGCGGUUGCGGCUGCAGCCCCUGCAAGUGCAAGUGCAAGAUCAUACCGGGCCAGGUGGAGUUCAAGACGGUGGCGAAGCCCCAGCAGAUCUGCCUGCCGGUGCCCCAGCCUCCUGACGAUUGCGAAUCCGCCGAGCUGGAGAUCUCGCAGGAGGAUCCUGGAGUUCAAGUGCAUUGUUCGUGUGUUCCUGUUUGCGUGAAGAAAUGCGGAUCGUGCAGGAAGUCCUGCAUUAAUGUUGAUAAAUAUGGCAGUUGUUAGAAUGUUUGGAAGGUGAAAUUGUGGGGUGAUUUGCAAGCAAUUGUAUCAGAUUUUUUUUUUUUUUUUUGGUUUUAACAGAGUUUUGAUGUUUCGGUGGUUUAUUAUAGAAAGAAUUUUAAGUUGUGUUCGAAAUUUUUGUGUGGAUUUUUUUGUGUUAAAUUAUUUGGUUUUUUUUUUAAUUUGUUAAUUUUGUCGAAAUUGUAAUCAAUUGUUUUUGUUUGAAUUAUACUCAUUGUAAUUUUUUUAUAUAAUUUUCGAUCAAUUCAGCGGUUUAUUUUCUGUGAUUUUAUUUUUAGGUGUAUUUUAUUUAUUUUGCAUUGAUCGAUUUUUUUUCAAUUUUGUAUACGGCUUUAUUUUUAAUUGUUUUAAUUGUUUAUUUUGCGCAAAACUAGCAAUUUCUGUUCGACUGUGAUUUAUUUUUAGUUGUUUUUAUUUUUAAUUGUAUAUGAUUGCUUGUAAAAGAGAGCAAUAAAAUUUAUGCAAUGCACAUGUAGACGAUUUUUUUUAUUCUGCCAUUUCAUCGAAUUUCAUUUCAAUUUACUUUUAAAAAGUAUUUAGAAUUAGC